AUGCUCAAUGCUCAAUGCUCAAUGCUCAUCAGCAUCCCCGAACCCCAAAGCGACACGGUUACCACCAAAACCCGUCCGUGCACUUAUCGCAUUCCUUAUCGGCACACCAUCAUCGUCCCCACAUUAUGUUUCUAUACCACUUUCCGUCUCGCCACUGCACUCUCGCAAUCAAGAGAGAAUCUGCUGUGUAUUCGAUUCAUGAUCUCCGAAGAUGAGAUUGCCAACUAUGAAGACCUUCGAGAUUGCCUGUCCGAACUGUUGAUCUCGAGACUCUCCGGUACUGCAGACAAAAAGAAGANNAAAAAGGCUACCAAGGGUCGCAAGAAUGAGAUCAAGCCCGUGAGCAGGCCAGAGCAAGAUCCAGAGGACAACGAUGCUCUGGUCGCUGAUCUGGGUGAGACGAUAGAGGUAUGUAAAUCUCAUCUUAUCACUAAUCGAUACGAUGCUGACAUAGAUGAAGNNUAUCUCGCUUCUGAGAUAUUUCCUUCAUUGCCUGAUGAUUUGCGGACUCUAUCAUACAGUGACGUCCAGAAUGAUGCUCAGCUGGCUGAAAAGUACAGCGUGCCUCUGGACUCGGAUGUAUACGAGGACUUGCUGCAACCAAUGCCACUGUCGAUAUCAGAUUCGUUGACCUCUUACGGUCUACUGUCCGAUCCAACAGACCUACCACGAUUACUGGAGCCUGUCUUUACAUCGUACAUCACAAGCAGAACAACUGCGCCGCCAGAGUUCGCGCCUUCUAGUCGAGCAACCGAGUGUGAGAUUUGCGAGAGGGAACACCUUCCUCUUACCUAUCAUCACUUGAUCCCGAGGGCUGUGCAUGCAAAGGUCGUCAAGCGUGGCUGGCAUGCUAGUUGGGAGUUGAACAAGGUUGCUUGGCUAUGCAGAGCGUGCCACAGCUUCGUGCAUCGACUUGCGACUAAUGAAGAGCUGGCCAAGGAGUGGUAUAGCAUCGAGUUGCUUUUGGAAAGAGAUGAUGUUCAAAAAUGGGCAGUCUGGGUCAGCAAGGUCCGAUGGAAAGCCAAGUGA